AAUCCCGACAAACCUCACGUCAAAUUCUCGACAGAAUUAAAAGGACACUCGGGCCCGAUCGAAAAGGUAGCCUUCAACCCUACCAAGGACGCGGAGCUGUGCAGCGUGAGCAGCGACGGCGUGGUCAAGUUCUGGGACGUCCGCACAAAGGACUGCUUCAACGAGGUCAGGGGGCUGGACGAGGCCUUCACGCUGGCCUGGGCUCCGGACGGGCAGACGCUGGUGGUGGGCAACAAGUCGGACAGGCUGUUCGUGCUGUCGCCGCGGUCGGCCACGCCGCUGUCGGAGCACCAGCAGACCACGCAGACGAACCAGGUGGCCUUCUGCUGGAGCGGCGAGAAGGUCUUCCUCACCACGGCCGAGGGCCGCAUCCGCAUCCUGUCGUACCCGGACUUCCGACCCGUGCUGCGCCUGGACUACUACUGCGACGACGAUGGCGAGUUCAGCCUGUCCGGCCACACGUCCAGCUGCCUGAGCGCCGAGCUGCAGCCUACGGGACGGUACCUGGCCACCGGCGGUUCCGACUCCAUCAUCUCCCUAUGGGAUACGCAGGAUUGGAUCUGUCAGAGGACUGUCACGACCAUGGUCGGGCCGGUCAGGACUAUCAGCUUCACCUUUGAUGGAAGCUUCAUCGUCGGUGGUAGCGAUGAGGGUUCCGGUCUAGACGUCACCCAUGCCGAGACGGGCGAGAAGGUUCACACGUUCAAGACGGCAGGUGCCUGUCCCGUCGUGGCCUGGGCACCUACGCGGUACUGGUUGGCGUAUAGUGAUGCUGGAUCUCUGAGGAUUAUUGGCGUCGACACGGAUAAGAAGUGA